UCCAGCAGGUCACGUGACUCCGUGCAGAGAGCAGACAUGGCGGCGUGCAGCGCGGAUUCACGUGGCCUGUUCGGUGAAGCCGUACGGGCGGUGUUGGGAAGCUGGCCGGUGCUGCAGAUUGCCGUGGAGAAUGGCUUCGGGGGGGUUCAUAGCAAAGAAAAGGCAGAGUGGAUGGUGGGAGCUGUGGAUCAGUAUUUUUACACUAAUGCUGAUCUGGAGCAGUAUGAGGUUGAGGAGACCCUCAUGGGAAUGAUGAAUGAUGAAUUUGAUACGAUUGUUGAAGAUGGGAGCCAGUCCUUGGUAGCUCAGCAGCUCUGCGUGUUAUUCUUGCAAUGCCGGCGAGGAGAUACCGCAGCGGUGCGGAGUAAGAUCGCGCAGCUGCAUCAAAACAAGUACAAUGUCAAAGUCAACGUCCAAGAAGCCAAAGCAAGUGACGAAGAAGAGGAAAGCAGCGAAGAUGAAACAGAGGACAUGGACUGCGAGGCAGCUGCCGGUUCUACUGCUACUACUGCGCCGCCCAAUUUGGAGACCACUACAGCACAUAGUAGUGACCCAAAGGAAGAGGAACAAGAAGUUGACGGAUGGACUGUUGUUCGUCGAAAGAAGAAAUAAGUUGGUUUCAUCAUGAGCUUCCAGAGACCGACCACUAGGUGGCGAUGUUUAGCCAAGCACAUUAAUAAUAUACGGUGCAGGAGAAGCUGCAGUAAAGGUAUUGCGUAGAGAUAAUUUUAUCCGGUUUGGACACAGGAUUCUGUGAGCAGAAGUCAGAAGAUUGCAGUUAUAUUUUAUGUUAUUUGUUAGUAAUAAGUAAGGACUUGGACUUCUUGGUAAUCUGCAUUGUUACAGAGGAUUGUACCGGGCUUUUAAGAAUGAAUUGCAAAACUUCUCACAUCGACAAACUUUACAGUAUGCUUUCUCAUGCUAUUACAAUACAAAAAUCUGCCAGGUAUGAUGGAAACACUUGCCCUUUAGGGUUAAAAGAAAGACUGUACAAAGACCGUUGCUCACUGUAUAAUAGAAUAAUGAAGCAGCUAAAAAAAAAUAAAUAAAAAAAGUUGUUGUACUCA